AUGGCGGAAUUGAGAAAUCGCAAGGGCGGGGUGGCUGCCGAGCCUGCGGCAGCCGACUCCACCCCCAAAGUGAUGGUCAAGCCCAAAAAGAAGUCCAAUGCCAAGUACUUCCAGGCCAACCUGGUGCUGACUCUGCUGGCGUUUCUGACCCGAUUCAUCAUGCUCUCGCACCCCGACGAAGUGGUGUUUGACGAGGUCCACUUUGGCAAGUUUGCCUCCUACUACCUCCAGCGAACCUAUUUCUUUGAUCUCCAUCCUCCCUUCGCCAAGCUGCUUAUUGCUGCUGUUGGCUGGCUGAUCGGCUACGACGGAUCCUUCAAGUUUGAGAACAUUGGCGAGAACUACAUCACCAACAACGUUCCCUAUGUCGCCUACCGAGCGCUUUCGGCCUCCCUGGGCUCCCUGACCGUCCCCAUUAUCUUCAAGACCCUCCAGUACUCUGGCUACUCCGUGGCUGCUUGCACCAUUGGAGCCGCCAUUGUGUGUCUGGAUAACGCCCAUAUCAACGACUCGCGACUGAUUCUGCUAGAUGCCACCCUCAACAUCUCCGUGGCCCUGUCGCUCUUCUGCUACGUGCGGUUCUCCAACCAGCGAAAGUCCCCCUUCUCUCUAGCCUGGUGGACGUGGCUCUUCUCCACCGGUAUCGCCCUCUCCUGCACCAUCUCCACCAAGUAUGUCGGAGUCUUUACCUUCAUGGCCGUUGGCGGCGCCGUCGUUUACGAUCUGUGGCUGCUGCUGGAUUACGAGAAGUCUGGUCUCUCGAUGAAGGACUUCCUUUGGCACUUUGGAGCUCGAGCCUACGCUCUCAUCCUUGUUCCCUUUGUUAUCUAUCUCGCCUGGUUCCAGGUCCACUUUGUGGUUCUGAACCGAUCUGGCCCCGGAGACGCUUUCAUGUCCCCUGACUUCCAGGAGACUCUGGGAGAUAACUUCCUGGCCCAGCAGGCCCGAGACGUCGAGUUCUACGACAUUGUGCGGUUUAAACACAAGUCAACCGGCGCUCUGCUGCACUCCCACGAUGCCCGAUACCCUCUGCGAUACGAGGAUGGUCGAAUUUCGUCCCAGGGCCAGCAGGUGACUGGAUACUCCACUGCUGAUCCUAACAAUGCCUGGCAGAUCCUCCCCGAGAAAGACUUCCCCGAGGACCAGCGAGUUGGCCACCCUGUCUACGGAUCGAACAAGGUCCGAUUCCGACACCUUGCCACCAACACCUACCUUCUGACCCACGACGUGGCCUCUCCUUACUUCCCCACCAACCAGGAGUUCACGACUGUGUCUCCCGAGGUUGCUGCCGAGCGAUACAACGAGACCAUCUUCGAGGUGCGACUCAACACUGGCAAGUCCAACAACGUGCGAACCAAGGCCGCCGAGUUCAAGCUGAUCCACGACAAGACCAAGGUCGCCAUGUGGUCUCACAGUAAACUGCUCCCCGAGUGGGGCUUUGGCCAGUUUGAGAUCAACGGAAAUAAGAAUACCCAGGACCCCACUAACACCUGGACCUUCGACGAGAUUGUCGGUCUGUCUCCUGAGCGAGCGGCCUUCACCCCCAAGAAGACCCGUCAGAUCCCCUUCCUGCAAAAGUACCUUGAGCUUCAGGGAACCAUGUUCCGAGAGAACAACGCUCUGACCGCCUCUCACCCCUACGCCUCCGAGCCCAUCACUUGGCCCUUCCUCAUUCGAGGUGUGUCUUUCUGGACUAACGCUCCCAACCGAGCCCAGAUCUACUUCCACGGUAACUUUGUCGGCUGGUACAUUGAGGACAUUGUCAUUGCUCUGUUUGUUGGCGCGAUUGCUGCCGACCAGUUUAUGCGAAAACGACAGAUCACCACCUUUGGCCGACGAGCUUCCUCAAAGCUCUACCACUCCAUGGGCUUCUUCUUCCUUGCCUGGAGCACACAUUUCUUCCCCUUCUUCCUCAUGGGUCGACAGAAGUUCCUGCAUCAUUACCUUCCCGCUCAUCUGUGCGCUGCUCUGCUUGCCGGUGCCGGCUUCGAUUUCAUCUUUGGUGAGUUCGACCGACUCGACGAGGAGGCCAACGCUUCCAAGAAGGAUCUGGAGUACACCCAGCGAAAGAACAAGCCUCUCCAUUUGGCCACCAUCACUGUUCUCAUUCUGCUGACCGCCUGCUUCCUCUUCUUCUGCCCUCUGACCUACGGACUGGCUAACCAGAGCGUCCAGGCCAUUCAAUGGCGACAGUGGAUGAAGUUUGAGCUUCAUUUCAGCAAGUAG